AUGGCAGGCAAGAUGGGGUCAUUUGCAGAGCAAAGCAGAGAGAGGCUUCUCUCGAGGAAAGGAUGCUCAAGCAAAUGCUUCUGCGGGAUCGCCAAAUUGUAUGAUCGCAAGAAGCUCUUUUUCGCCGUCAAGAUGGGAACCGCUCUCGCCGUUUGCUCAUUGGUCAUUCUCUUGAAAGAGCCGUUGCAUGCUGCCAGUAAAUUCUCUGUCUGGGCCAUCCUUACUGUCGUUGUGGUUUUCGAGUACUCCGUAGGAGCAACUUUGGUCAAAGGAUUCAACAGAGCUAUAGGGACAUUCUCUGCUGGGGGACUUGCUCUUGGCAUAGCGAGGCUCUCUGUUUUGUCAGGAGGUUUCGAGCAAGUCAUCAUCAUAAUCUGUAUUUUCCUUGCAGGUUUCAGUGCUAGUUAUUUGAAACUCCACCCGGCCAUGAAGCCAUAUGAAUAUGCAUUCAGAGUGUUCUUGUUGACAUACUGUAUCGUUCUUGUUUCGGGAAACAACACCGGAGAUUUCUUCAGCACUGCGUAUUACAGGUCUUUGUUUAUUGUGCUUGGUGCAACCAUCUGUUUGGUUUUGAAUAUAUUCGUAUUUCCAACAUGGGCCGGGGAAGAUCUCCAUAAACUGGUGGCUAAUAACUUCUUGAGUGUAGCAAAUUCUCUAGAAGGAUGUGUUAAUGGUUACUUGAAAUGUGUGGAAUACGAGAGAGUACCUUCGAAGAUUCUCACGUACCAAGCUUCAGAUGAUCCAUUAUACAGCGGGUACAGAUCCGUUAUUCAAUCUACAAGUCAAGAAGAAUCUUUGCUAGAUUUUGCGAUAUGGGAGCCUCCACACGGACCUUACAGAACGUUUAACCAUCCCUGGAAAAAUUAUGUGAAACUUAGUGGAGCACUAAGGCAUUGUGCUUUCACGGUCAUGGCAAUGCAUGGUUGUAUUCUUUCAGAGAUACAGGCAGCUCCAGAGAAAAGACAAGCUUUCAGUAAUGAGCUUCAAAGAGUUGGUCAUGAAGGAGCAAAAGUUCUGCGUUUGAUUGGAGAAAAAGUGGAAAAAAUGGAGAAGCUAAGCCCCGUAGAGAUCCUCAAGGACGUUCAAGGAGCAGCAGAGGAGCUGCAAAUGAAAAUAGACAGUAAAUCGUAUAUUCUUGUCAACUCAGAAAGCUGGGCGGCUAUCAAAGAGCAAGCUGAAGCAGAAGAGCCUCGAGAGGACGAUGAGACCAAAGUGAUUACAUCACUAAGUCAGAUUUGGGACACCAACAGUAGCAACAACAAUCAGAAUCCACCAAGUGGUAAUGAUUCUCAAGUAUGGAUAUCAGCAGAGAGUAUGAUGUUAAGGAACCGCGAGACGUGGCCAAGCGUGUCCUUCAUUGGUGGUUCAAUGGUGAAUGAGAUAGAAUGUAAAGUAUACGAAAGCGCGAGUUCUUUGUCACUGGCUACGUUUGCUUCCCUUCUGAUUGAGUUUGUUGCGAGGUUACAGAACCUUGUAAAAGCCUUUGAGGAGUUAAGCACAAAAGCAGAUUUCAAAGAUCCCGUUGAUCAGAUAUAUACUCUUAACAUGGUAGAUCAAGUGGGUUUGUGGACCAGACUCAAGAGAUGUCUUAGCAGAAACUGAAACUGAUGAAUCCUGUGAAAGGGUGAACGGGAUGUUUUUGUGUCUUGAUAUGUGUAUACUUAAUCAAAUAUUAAGCGUUUAGCUCAUAUGGUAAAUGUUGUCUGAAUUUAGGUUCAUAGAGAUCUUAACCAUGUUUAAAGAAAAGGGAUUUUUUUUUCAAUACUUGUCCAAUACUUUGUCUCUCCUUUUGGAGGUUAGAUAAUGACGCUAAAUUAUA